CGAUAAUCUGGUGCAGAUGCCAAUUCAGGCUCCUGCUGGAUACCUCUUCCGGCUCCAAAGUGGUACCUACACAGAGACUGUGAGAAUAUAAGAGUGCGAGUAAACGAUGCAGAAUCUUGGCCACUCGUCAGAUUCCAACUCAAACCAAUCUCCCUAGAACUCUUUGGAAGAUUAAGUUCCUCCUCUUCUGUGCAUUGGAUCAAUCAACUACGAGCCAUGGGUAAGAUUGAAAUUUCAACAGCGGAGGACGUCGACAAUUGUGGUCGAGAAUUCAGCAAAUUCUCUUGUACGCUUCGCAAGGGUGAUUUCGACCUUGAAGAAUGCGAGGAUAUGCUCUUGGAUGCCGUGGACUACGGAUCAGCCUUGGUACGGUAUUGCCAUGAACUCCAAAGCAAGCAUGCCUCGAAGCGUCCUCGAGAUGAGGUGAUUACUAUCAGCGACAGUGACAGCGACAGCGGCGGUGCAGCCCUGACCUCGAAAAUCCCAGACGUGGCGGUCAGUAAGAAACGUGCACGAAGGAAUAGCACCGACAGUGAAGGCGAGGAUAAUUCAAAGCCUUCGAAAAAGGUGCGAAUGAACACGACCAAAAAGCGUACUCGAAAUAUGAUGGAAGACUCUAGUGACGACGGACAAACAGGGAGUUCUUCUAAGAAAGCUCGUCUGGGUGGACAGAAGGUGGAAGCUGCCAAAGUAUUCAAAGAACUCGAUGCGCUAUUGAAGACAACCGUCAAAGGACCAAAGUAGGGCCGAUUCUAGAGCUAGUGAGACAGAAUACUACAAGGAAAAGUUCAGGAAGGGAACGCCAGCCCUGGAGGUCUGAGGGAAAGGGGAAAACAGAAGGUAAGAAUAAAAAGAGCGAAAAGAAAGAGGGAAGGGGCGGAGCAACCAAUGUACACUCGUUUCGUUGUAUUCAGUCUACGGAGAAUAGUUGUCAGUUGAUCUGACCUGUCAAAGAAUAUACAGUCUUAAACAGCA